AAAGAAAAAAACAAUACAAACUCUUCAAUCUAGAGAAAUAUUAACGGUGAUACUACUCAUAAAGUCUUAUAUCUUCCCUAGAGAAAAAAAAGUUUCUCAAAGCUUAAAAUAUUACUUGUAGUAUUAAUAAUCAAAGAGCUAGGAAGUAACAACCAUAAAGACUCUCCACUCACAUUCCCAACUCCCAAAAAAUGCAAAACUAGAAUCACCCUGCACAUGCUCUCCAUGUCAUAGAAACACCAUUUGCAAGGGUGAAUCAAGUUCCAUAAUUUUUUCUUCUUCACAAUGAGCAAAUCCAAAACUCAAAGAAUGCCUACAAUCACUAAUCAUAUAAUAACCCAAAAAGAAAACCAAAGGCCACAGAAAACUGAGAAACAACCCUCUUGGUCAGUGGUAAGAGGCUUUUUAGCUUGUAGGAAUGUUGAAAUCCAACAACAACAGCAGAGGGAAGCAAAGCAACAACCACAACCUCAACCUGUACCAGAAGCAAAACAACCAAAGAAAAAACAGCAACAGAGGAAGCUGAAAGAAGAAAGAGUCUCAGAAGAUAACAACAAAAAAAGCAAGAAGAUGAAAUGUUCAGGUUCUCUCUGCAACAACACUGGAAUGAUGGCAAAGCCAGAAACAACAAUAACAACAGCCGCAGCAGCAGCAACAAGAACAACUACUGAUAUUCACAAGAAAAAGGUGUCACUUGGUGGAUGUAAAAACAACUUGGCUUCUAGUUCUAGUAGAUCCCUGAAAGCUCCUCUGAAUGAACUCAAUGGAAGAACCGUGUCAGCCUUGUCUUCUUCUUCGCUUUCAGCAGCAUCUUCUAACUCUUCCGGUGCUGGUUCUUUUAAGGGAAUGCCAUUUAGGAGACUCUCCGGUUGUUACGAGUGUCGAAUGGUGGUUGACCCUGUUCUUGGUUUCACCAGAGACUCUUCUCUAAGAAGCUCCAUUUGUUCUUGUCCUGAUUGUGGUGAGAUCAUGAAAUCUGAAAAUCUUGAACAUCACCAAGCUGUCAAACAUGCAGUUUCUGAGCUGGGUCCAGAAGAUACAAGCAAGAACAUAGUUGAGAUAAUAUUCCAUUCAAGCUGGCUAAAGAAGCAAUCUCCGGUCUGCAAAAUCGAUCGGAUCCUUAAAGUUCACAACACCCAGAAAACCAUCACCAAAUUUGAAGAGUACAGAGACUCCAUCAAAGCAAAAGCGACAAAUCUAUCGAAAAAACACCCCCGCUGCAUAGCAGAUGGAAACGAGCUACUAAGGUUUCAUUGCACCACUUUUGUUUGUUCGUUAGGACUAAACGGUUCCUCAAACCUCUGCAACUCAACCUCACAAUGCAAUGUGUGCAGCAUAAUAAAGCAUGGGUUCAAAUUAAGUGGCGGAGAUGGGAUAUUAACGACUGCAACGAGCGGGAAAGCACAUGACAAAGCUAGUAGUGUUUUGGAGGUUUCGGGUUGUGAGAGUGAUGAGAGGAGGGCAAUGUUGGUUUGUAGGGUGAUAGCAGGAAGAGUGAAGAAGAACAUGGAAGGUGGUAGUAGUGGUGUGGAAGAGUGUGAUUCGGUUAGUGCUGGUGAUGCUGGGGCUUAUUCUAAUUUGGAUGAGUUAUAUGUGUACAAUCCAAGAGCUAUUUUGCCUUGCUUUGUUGUAAUCUAUAGAGGCUUUUGAUGAUGCAUGUAGGCUUUUUGUUGGAUUUAGGGAAGAACUUUCUUUGCAAUGUCACUUCUUUGGUGUUUUUUAUUUUCUUUCUUAAUUUGUAGUGUCGUCUGGCAAAAACUUAGAUGGUUGGCGUUUUUAGGGGGAAGUAGUACUACAUUUUCGUAUGCAUUGCUGGGUAUUCCUCUCCAUUCAAUGGAAAGACUUAAUCUAGGAUUGUAUAUUAUGGAUAUAUAGAUGAUAAAUGGUGUAGUACAUUGAACUAUUUGAUCUAAUAUCAAACAUAAUGGAAACCUUUGGUAAGAGUAGCA